CGAAAUUUCAUGCUCUCUAACGCUGACACGUACAUAUAAUAAGCAUUGACCAGGUUGAUUGCGUGACAAAGAGAAUGGAUGUGGUGUUUCUGCUGAUUAUAAAGGCACAGAGCCAGGGACGGAGAGAGGGAGAGAUUGUGCAUGUGUGUAUGGGUGUUUAGGGUUUAGCAAUUGCAAAAUAGUAGAAAGGCCUCGUUUUUUUAAGGCAGAGAGAGAGAGAGAGAGAGUAGCAAUGGCUCCACGAAGAAGACCCAGGGCUAGUAAGAAUUCACGAAUGGAUGCAGCCCUUGAUGCUAUGCGUCCGUUGGGAUAUUCUGAGAAAUUUGUUCGGGAAAUGGUCAAAGAGCUCCUGAAAGAGGAGCUUUAUGGAAAAGACGGUUGGUUCUUCAUUGAACAUGAUUCUUACAAGGUUCUACUUGAUCACAUCUUUCAGAAAGAGGAGAAUGAUUCUUUACAAGAUGAUGCAAGAUGUGGAGAUAAUAUCAAGAUACCAGCUGCUGGGCCCUCAACCUCAAGGGAAGUCAUUCUUGGAUCCUGUUCAAAUCCAGUGGCUACAUGCACUACGAGGCAGACCAAUGAGGCUUUAGAUUCUAUGUCACAGACUAGUGAAGUUCUGGACAUUGUAUCACUGACCAAUGAUCUUGAUGGUAAGGAACGAUCCCCACCAGCAGAAGGAGAAGAAAGGGGCUGGAAAGACAUUGAGUUGGGGCAGAAUUCUGGAGAAGAGCAUAUGGAUAAUGUAACUAGAAACAAUGACAAAGAUUCUGGUAGCAGUAAACUUCUUGUGAACACUCUUAUCUGCUCUCUUCCUGAUGUUCACUGCCCACAUCCGGUGGAUGUUCUCCCAGCCCGAAGGCGUAGACCUUGCUAUGGAUGGAUCAGCAGCGACGAUGAGCAAGAUCUUGUGCGCCUACCACAAGCGCCAUUACAGGAAAUUGCGAAGUUUUUCACUCGGAUGGAUGUGCCAAGAAAGCGCAAGACAAGGUGGGACGUUAGGCCUGAAGAUAUGUGAAGUGUUGUUUUCUCUUUCAAUUGUGUUUACGUAUGACCACGAAACAAGGUGACACUUGUCGAUCAUGACUAGCAAUUUAUGCUAGAUGCAUUAUGAAUAUAUUCUAUACUACGUACAUAUAAA